AUGCUGAGACAAGUGACACCGGAGAAAGUUAUCCACAUUGUUUGGCUUAGUGCUGCUUUAUCUUUCUGUUGGCCGCUUCCUAUUAGUAGCAGCAGAGCUCGAGUCCUUGGUUUCAGAAUUCUACAAAUAAGUGCAAUUAUUAGUGCUUGCAUGUUACUUCUGCCUAUGUUAUAUUCGAUUUAUUUGCACCCUGAUGACCUGAUCGUUGUUUUCAAAUGUAUGUGCAUGUCAACAGCUUUGUGUCAACUUAUCGUUCAGACUACUAUGUGUUGGAUUAAGCAAGACUCUCUACAACGUACAAUUAGAGAAAUGAUGACAUGUGUUAAAAAAACGAAACAGUAUGAAAAGGAAAUUUUCUAUAAAUAUAUCACGAGAUGCGACAUGUUGUGCAUAUGUACCAUAGUAUGUAUGUACGCGACUGCGACUGGUUUUUCAUUGGGACCUGCAAUCUUGCCAAUUUCUUUUCCAGCCGAUGCGGAAUAUCCGUUUCGCGUUAAUUAUACGCCAAUGAAUAUUAUUAUAUAUGCGCAUCAAUCUAUCCUUAGCUACCAAUGCGCUGCACAUAGUUGCGUGAGCAUAUUUGGAGCGCUAUUGUUCUGGUUCACAGCCGCAAGAUUCGAAUGUUUGGCUAUGGAAUUAGAGAAAAGUACAAGUAUCAAUACGCUAAUUGUUUGCAUUAAAAAGCAAUUAUCUUUAAGGAGGUACGCAGAGGAAGUGCUAAAUAAUUUUCGUAUUAUGGUACUUUUUUCAAUAAUAAUAAGCACACUUGUCUUGACUUUUGGUGGAAUUAUAUUAAUUGUGAAUUCACCACUACUUUUAAAACUGCAGUUCGUAAUCGUAUCUCUCACUGUACUUACGGAAGUUUUCAUGUACGCAUGGCCUGCUGACCACUUAAAGGAAAUGAGCACAAAUGUUUCACGAAGCGCAUACAACUUGAUAUGGUAUAAACAGACGUUAGAAAUACAAAAGAAUUUACUGAACGUAUUAAUAUUUCAAGAACCAGUAACUUUGUCUGUCAGUUGCGUGUUACCAGAGCUCUCUCUCCGUUAUUACUGUUCGUAUCUAUCCAAUGCCAUGUCCAUCUUCACCGCUUUGCGUGCCGCGAUAGCAGAUAACUCUACGUAAGCGUAUCCAGAAUAUUAAUUUUAUCGUAUAAUGAAGUUUUCGUUACG